AUGGCUGCCUUUGUCCGAAAAUAUUUAAAACAUUGUUUAAUAUGUCUCGAACGAAAAGGUCACUCUGGUCCGAAACAAGGUUUCUUACAUCCUAUUGACAAAACUCCUUUACCCUUCCACAUCGUUCAUUUAGAUUGUACAGGGCCAUUUCAACGAACAGAUGAAGGAUAUAAAUACAUUUUACUUAUGGUGGACGGUUUCACUAAAUUUUGUUUACUAAAACCCCUCAAAACCCUUAAUGCCCAAGAACUUAUUCCAAUAAUUCGGGAUACUAUAACUAUAUUCGGCACUCCAUCAAUAGUUAUAACUGAUAGAGGUACUAAUUUUAGUUCUAAUCAAAUUCGAUCUUUAUUUAGAGAGCUAGAAAUAGACCAUCAUAUGGUUGCCACCGGCACGCCAAGAGGUAAUGGCCAGGUAGAACGAUAUAUUACUACUGUGAUCGAUAUGUUAAAUACCACGUGUAAUGGUUCGUCAGAUUGGCCGAGCGGAUUGUGGAAAGUCCAACAGUCUAUCAAUACCACAAUUCAAAAAUCUACGGGUUUUACACCUAUCCGAUUGCUUAUUGGUUGUAAUGCAAAUAUCCCUUGUAUUCAAGCCCAUUUAAACGACGUUUCUGUUACCGAGUGUACCAUGGAUGUACGCGCAGAUCGUCAACUAGCUUACCAGCGAUUAUGUGAACUGGCAAAUAAAUUUAAAACUCGAUUUGAUAGUGUAAGGCGAGACAAUAAAACUUUUGAGGUUGGAAACAUAGUUUAUGUAAACCAAGAUCAUAGGCGACAUGACAAAUUGAGCCCAAGGUUUAAAGGUCCAUAUGAAAUAAUUGAAAUUCUUAACAAUGAUAGAUAUUAUCUUAGAGGAAUAGGAAAUUUAAGGAACAUAAUUAUAGCAAAAGACAAAUUAAGGUUAUGGUCAGGUGAAUGGGUAGAUCCUGAUUCAAGUAUAACAGAUGGA